GAUAAGUUCAUUAUUGACUUUAUAGAAGAGUUGUCUGUAUUACAUAUACACUUUUCUCUAUAAAAGUUAUUUAAAAGGUUCUUUCACUUUCAUAAUAGAAUAUCAAUUUCAGAAUGCUCAGAACAAGUCUCCCAAGGCAGAUCCUGCUAGCAAGUCGGAUUUUUCAGCGGAAAUUCCAUUCAGUGAUUGGUAUAGACUUGGGAACUACCAAUUCUGCUGUGGCAAUUGUGGAAGGUGGAGAAGCAAAGAUCUUGGAAAACGAAGAGGGGGGAAGAACCACACCUUCUAUAGUAUCUUUCUCCAAGCGAGGACAAGAUGAGGAAGUUCUAGUAGGAUUAGCAGCUAAGAGGCAAGCAGCCAUUAACCCGGAAAACACUUUUUUUGCCACCAAGAGACUCAUUGGCCGUAAAUACGAAGACGACGAAGUCCAACGUGACUUGAAGAAUGUUCCCUAUAAGAUUUUCCCUCAUUCUAAUGGAGACGCCUGGUUAAGCACUACGUAUGGGAAACAGAUGUCUCCGCCUCAGAUCAGUGCUUUAAUCUUGAAGAAAAUGAAAGAGGUAGCGGAAAGCAAUCUCAGCAAAGAUAAGUUACCUAUCAAGCAUGCUGUAGUGACUGUGCCGGCAUAUUUCAACGAUGCCCAGAGACUGGCUACCAAGAAGUCUGGCAAACUCGUAGGCUUAGACGUAUUGCGCGUAGUAAAUGAACCUACGGCUGCUGCUUUGGCUUACGGUAUAGACAAGAAACAGAGCGACGGAAUUGUUGCGGUGUUUGACUUAGGAGGAGGUACGUUUGAUAUCUCUAUCUUGGACAUAGAAGACGGCGUAUUUGAAGUCAGAGCCACUAAUGGAAACACCCAUUUGGGAGGUGAGGACUUUGACAUCCUUCUCUUGAACUAUAUCUUGGAUACGUUUAAAAAAGAGAACGGCGGACUCGAUUUGCUGAAUGAUAGGUUCGCUGUUCAGAGAAUUAGAGAAGCAGCAGAAAAGGCCAAGAUCGAGCUUUCUCAUGUCAAAGAAACAGAGAUCAACAUUCCAUUCAUUGUCAAAGAUAAACACAUCAGUAUCAAGUUGACCGAGGAUGAGUUGGAUCAAAUGUCUUUGCAUUUGAUCAAUAAAACCAUCGAUCCAGUCAAGAGAUGUAUUAGAGAUGCCGAGUUGAAAAUUAAGGAUAUCGACGAGGUUAUUUUGGUUGGUGGAAUGACCAGAAUGCCAAAAUUGAGAAAGGUUGUAGAAGAGUUGUUCAAUAAGAAGCCCAACACGGCUGUAAAUCCAGACGAAGCAGUUGCUCUUGGUGCGGCUAUCCAAGGUGCUGUUUUGUCUGGUCAGAUAAAGGAUGUGAUCUUAUUGGAUGUGACUCCCUUGUCUUUAGGUAUAGAAACUUACGGUGGUAUUUUCAGUCCAUUAAUUCCCAGAAACUCGGCGGUGCCUGUAAAGAAAGAACAGAUAUUUUCGACUGCUGUAGACGGACAAACUGGUGUGGAAAUUAGAGUAUACCAGGGCGAAAGAUCUCUUGUCAAAGACAACAAAUUGAUAGGAAACUUCAAAUUAUCCAAUAUUCCUCUUGGGCCCAAGGGUACUCCACAAAUAGCCGUCAACUUUCAAAUUGAUGCUGAUGGAAUCAUCAAUGUAACAGCCACUGAUAAGACACCAUAUCCCAAAGACCUGGAGUUCUAUAAUAAGCCUAACACUGUUUCCAUCCAGGUUUCAGGCGAAACCGGACUUUCAGAAGAAGAAGUAAAGCGUAUUCUAGAGGAAAGCGAGAAGAACAAACUUCUUGACGAAAAGCUUCGGAAAUACUACGAACAUGCUUCAAGAGCUGAAAUAUUAUGCACCGACACAGACAAUGCGCUUGCCCAAUUUGGAGAAUUGAUGGAACAGAUAGAAAGAGAGUCGAUAUCGGCUAAGAAAGAUGCCAUCAGAGUCAAGAUCAAUGAUAUCAGAGAGAAUAAAAUUCUUCACGACCCUGUUGUUCUCAAUGAAGAGGUCAAUGCCAUGCAAAACGAAUGUCUCCAGGCAAUUAGAAAAGUAGCUGCCAAGCAACAGGAACAGCAGAAGAAUGUAUAAUUUAAAUAGGUAUACUUGUACAUAGUUAAGUAGACCAGUCUACGAUGCACCAUCUUUUGUUGGCGCCAUACAUUCAAUAGAUACAUUUUAUUG